AGAGAGAGAGAGAGAGAGAUGGAUCUGAUCCAUUCUCUAAGUUGAAAAUUGUGAAGCCGGACGGGAGAUGCCGAAGGAGAUCAGUAUUGGGCUAGGAUCAGAACCCUAAGAUCUAAUUUCGGCGACAACUACGGACGAUGAGGUUUGGGGUUGUGGAAGACGACCACUAUGAAGGCAGGGGACAACUCAGACGGAAAUAAAUUUUCACCUAUGAUGGUUUGAUAUUUUCUUCAUUGUCUUAUGCUACAAGUUGUGAUUUGCCAAAAAAGAUUGCAUUGCAUAAGGAAAUCAGGUAUGAAUGAACCUAUUGUUGUUGCUGAUGCUGUCCUGGAUGAAGUUAGAUAGCAAAACCAGGAUAUUGUCUGCUACAUGUCUACAUAGUCGUUGUAGCUAGGAACAAAGUAGGAAAAAAAAGACGAGGAGCUAAAUUCCAAAUUUUUAAGGUAAACUUUAAAUUACAUCUUUACGUGUGUUAACUGCUCAUAAAAAAUUAUGUUAAAAAAGGUUUGAGUAAUAUUUUUAAAGGAGUUUGUUUCAACAACAUUUUCAUUUUUUAUAUGUGAAGAAGUCAAAAAAUUUGGGUAGAUGCCUGCGACUACAACUAAGAAAGUGUUAUUCUUUAAAAGAAUGGAAUGAUAUCAUUCGAAUUAGUAUGAAGCUACAGUAUUUCUUCAAAUGAAGAGUAUGACAUCAUUUCCUAAGUAUUUGUUCAAUUGUUUCAUCAUCUAUAAAUGAAUAUCUGUUAGGAACAUUUGUAAAUAUAUUUGUUCAGCUGAUGUUAGAUUGGUGGUCCAGGUAAUCGUUAACAAAUGAAAUUUCAGCUUUGUUAUUGCUCACAUAUUUUAUCAUUUACUUCCAUUAUUAAAAAAUGAACAGAUAAUGGAGCAAUGUUUAAGAGUACUGCACUUUUAGUGUUUUUAUAGACAUUAUAUUAAAAGACAUUAUAUUCUAUUUUUUUCAUGUUGCCAUCAUCAUGCUUUUCUUCUAAGCUCACUGCAGUAGGCCAAUCAACACCUGUAACUGUUUCACAUCAUUUUAAGAUCUUUUCGAUUCUCUUUUUACAUUUGAAUAUGAGCUUGCAAACCAUGAGUGCCAAUCAUUUUUGUUGUGGAACUGAAUCAAGGGUAAAGUCUUUGUCUAUUUGAAAAAAUGGUUUUAUUGAGUCUCAACAAUGAAAAAAAUAUGUGAAUCAUAAAACCUCAGGUUAGAUUUUCUAUUUAUCAUCUUUAAAAAUUUUAAUGUUUUAUAUUCAAAGAGAUAAUGCUGUUUUAAUUUGGGGAGUGUAAUGAUGACAUCUCAUAAAAUGACUAUUUAUCCUACAGAUUUGUAGGUUGAGCAGAAUAUGGAUGCCAAACAUGCUUGAGUAGGUCUGCAAGAACAAAAAUAACUCUAUUCCAGCGCGAAGACCCAUCAUAAGAUUGCUAGCUCCCAGCAACAUAAUCAUGAGGUAACCAAGAAACAAAGAGUGCACUGGUUGAAGAAGAAAAAGAAGAGUUGAGGAUAUGGGAGGAUGUGGAUUUACAACAAGAGGGUAAAGACCAGCCUGUUCCCAUGUCUUUGGAGCAGACAGAAGCACACUCUAUUGAAAAGGCCCUCAUGAUUAUGUUAUUUGCCCCAUCCUGACAAAGAAGAGACUGGAAGAGAGAUUGCUCAGUUCAUAUUUGGGUUUGAACAAUCAAUGAGUGUUGCUAAUGGAGUGGGUGGAUGGGUUGAGGUUGACACAUGAUAGUCCACCAAACUUUUAUCUAAAUUGCUUCAUUGCCUUUUUCUUCUACUUAGCAUAUCAUACAAGAUAAUACUCCAUGGCAGGUUUUGGAUCUAUAAUUAGUAAUGUAGACGUCUUUACCACUGUCAAGGAUACAAGUACUACUACAAUGGUUAGUGUUGGUUUCAGUCCUCAAAGGCGACCUAAGCAAACAAGAGAUUGCACAUGUUCAAUUUAGCUAAUGAGAAAUUGGACUGACUUGGAAUCCAUGAAUGUAACAUAAUGCCUCACUCAGUCCUCAAUGGUGCAAACAUCGCCUUAAAGCUGGAAUUCUUAACAUGAAUAAAUGAAGAUGGGACCUUACAAGCAGUAUCAUUAACAUUUUUGUUUCAUCCUUUUGAGGGUCUGAGCCCUACCUUGCUCAUGGUAGACGGCGGCACAACACAGAGAAGAUGGUCAUAUGGUUAUGUAUUUAUAUGAUAAUUUAGUAUAUGAUGACAAGUUGGAUUGUCUCAUACAAAAGAGCAAACUCGAGUGGUAUGUACUCCAUAUCUAUAAAAUAAAUUAUGAGUUCGUUUGGUAAGCACAAGUGGUUCUAGAUUAUGAUGGGAAUGAUUAAGAGCAAGUGAAAUGAGCUGGGAGUUUCGACUUCUCUCUCCUUCCUAAAUUAUGUCACAUUCCAUGCUAUUUGGUUUGGCGGGAUAUACUAACGUACCGCAUAGUGUAUCUCUUUUGAGGUUUAUUCGUUUUUUUCUGCACGCUCUUUGGUUGUCCGAACUCUUUUGCUAUUAUUACUAAUUACUAUGUGUUCAUAUUAUGUUUAUUUACUAGCUAGGGACUAUGAAUGGGAAGAAAACUUUUCAAUCUCUCUUUGCCUUUGGAUGUGUUCUAAGGCCAUGGGUAUCGUUAGAACACGUCUAAAGGCAAAAAGAGAUUGAAAAGUUUUUCUCUCGUUCAUAGUCCCUAGCUAGUAAAUAAACAUAAUAGCAAAAGAGUUCGGACGACCAAAGAGCGUGCAAAACAAAAUGAAUAAACCUAGGUAAAUAUACACUAUGGGGGUACGUUAGUGUAUCCCGCCAAACCAAAUAGCAUGGGAUGUGACAUAAUAUAGGAAGGAGAGAGAAGUUGAGACUUCCGGCUCAUUUCACUUGCUCUUAAUCAUUCCCUUCGUAAUCUGCAACCACGUGUGCAUACUAAACGGACUCAUAAUCAAUUUUAUACAUAUGUAGUAUAUAUUACUCAGGUAUUGUACAUUAUCAUUAUUUUUUGUGAGUACAUUGUACAUCACAUUGUCAUUAUUUUUUAAGAGCAAACCUGAGUCGUUCAACAGGAUCUGCUAAAGGGAAGCCUAAGAUAGAGUCUUAUAACAAAGAUCUUAAAAAAGGUUAUGGGGCUUUGAUAACUCUUGCGAAAGUGUACUUGCUCAUUCUACCAUGCACUGUUUUAAAAGUAGAUUCUGUGUGAUUAUUAACUUUUAUGUAAUCUUCGUAGGUUUAAAAUUCUUCUGCGGAUUCUAUUCUUGGGCACACUGACCUAUAGAAAAAGAUAUAUGUUGAAGCUUCUGUUGAAGAAACUCAUGCCAAAGAGGAGAAGAAAAAAAAAGGAAGCAACUGGAGAAGAUGAAAAAGGAAGCAACUGUUUCAAAGGACGAAGGCGGUGCUUCAAUAGAACCUGAAAGGAAAGAAAAGGAGAAGAAAAAGAAGAAGAAACAUUCAUCCGAGAGCGAGCAAGUUGAGAAACAAGAUGAUAAUGUCAAAGCUGGAAAGAAGAAAAAGAUGUCUGAAGAUUAAACGUAAGAUGUCUUAUGGAGGAAGUGUAGAUGUAGGGGACAGAUGCCUUUAGUUUGUUGUUAGACUUAACAAGUUAGCUGCUGUAAGUUUUAUGUGUUAAAUAUGACACUCCAAGUUGUUUGAUUAGGUGGUUUAAAUUUUUAGAAAUCAUACUAAAACAUAGAGAAAAGUACCAAAAUAGGACUUUCAUGUUUUUUUUUCCGGAAUAGGACUUUGCACUGUGGUAAUGUGACUUUGCAUUGUGGUAAUGUGGCAGUGUACAUGUGCAAAUUACUAUACUUUUUUGGUAAUGUAUAUGACCAUGUUUGGUAAUCAAUUUUUUGCUUUAGAUUUUAAGGAGUAGAAAUUCGGGAAGUCAAAACUCAAAAUUAUACUCCGUAUAGAAAAGUCAAAGAACACGAAAUGGGGACCUGGGGCCUCCCUUCCAUUACUCUUUCUUCAUUCAAAUCACCCCCACCCCCUCCCUUCUGAUUUCUAAAAUCCGUUUGCUAACGCGCGGCCAUGGUUUCACAUCCAGCCCCUCACGCCGCCCCAUCCUCUCUCUAAAACCAUACAUAUGCAUUCAUAUCUCCAUCCUGUAUAUCCUGAUUCCGAAUUUUUGUUUUUACUUGCACGCGAAGUCUCUAAAUUAUUCGCGUUGAUUGUUUUCGCCGCGUUCUUCUUCCUCAGACUGCUGCUGAAAUCUUAUGAAGGUUGCUCUAUCAUAUGUUAGUGGGAAUAUAAAGUUGGAUCAUUGCUUAGUGUUAUAUUCCCUUGCAAACAGCUUUUCGUACUUCGUACUUGUGAGAUUAUUGUAAUGAUUUCUCAGACAUUGGUUGGUGAAAAUGUCUGUGGUUGUAACAAAAAAUCAUCAUCAACAGUUAUAAAGUUGUCACCCUCUACCAAAUCAUCUGAACCAUUUUCCGGGAGAGAUGACAAGCUGUCAAAGAGCACAGGUUCAGUUAAUGCGUCAGGAACUGAUGUGCUUUCUACUGCUUUUGACUAUGUAAAUAUAGCACAACUGUCUGAACAUAAGUAUGGGAAAAUAAGAGGUUCCCCUAAAUCUGAUGAUGCAGUGGAGAGAAAGUGUUCUGAAAUUGUAUGCAUGACUCCAUGCGAGUGUGGGCAGAAAGGUUUACUGCUGCAUAAUGAAUUUAAACAACCUGCAAGAAAUACCCGGAGGGAAGCAGCUAAAAGAGUAGCAUUUGAUAUUGACAAUUUGAGUAUCAUGCGUCGGAGAAGAACCUCAUGCAGAAAGCAAACACGAGCGUCUGUUUGGGGAUCUUUGAGAGAUGCUAUACAAGCUUUUGGUGGGGUUGAGACACUUAAAAGUGAUAAAAGGAAGUCAAGAAGAGCAAAGCGUUGCCAGAAAAGUGAAAAGAAAGGCAAGAAUCAGGCUGCGCAAAGCUUGCAAAAGUCAAUGACAAAGACUCGCAUCUGUUUAAAAAUAAAAUUUGGGCAACGAUCUCUCAUGGAUAUUCUCCCACUUGUUGAAAAUGGUGAGGAAACUUAUUCUUCUAUUUGUUAUGAACCAACAAAAGGUUCAGAAAAUAUUGGUGAUCUGUUUGUGGACAAGUUGAACAGAAGUUCACGGUUAAAUGGGCUCAAUGAAAGUUCAGAUAAUUCUUUUAUGUUGUAUGAUGCUUCUGCUACAAAUGCAUGUCUUGCUAGCAAGAGCAUUGUUGAAAGUCCAACUGAGAAAUAUUUGGCGAGUCGUCAUGAGUCACCUUCCCAAGCCGCGGCAGUCAAACCAGAAACACCCGUUGAUGACAUGUGCUCAAAUCCUGGAACUUCUCCUGAUUCCGAAGUUAUCAAUCUCAUGACUGAUGCUCAUAUCAGUUUAAAUGGUCUAGGUAACUUACGUGUUUUAAUGUCAACCCAACCAAGUGUUGCUGGUGGAGAUGUUGAAAGUAUUUGUAUGCUAGAGAACUGCCAUACAAAGGAAAAUAAAAACGACAAGUUUAACAAAACAGUUGAUUGCAGUGUAAAAGCUACCAUCCAUAGUUCAGAAAUUAUGAGCACUGAGCAAACAUUGGUACGAGGAGAUAUCAAGGGCAAUGACUCUUAUCAUGACCAGAAAGACAUGUCUAUUGUAACCACAGCUGAAAAUGCACGUCGCAGUGUGUCUAGCAUUGAGCUGCAACCCUUGUCUAAAAUGGAUGACUUUCAAAUGUCUUCUGCUCCUGUGUUUGAAGAUAGCGGAGAGAUAAAUCAUUGUCGUAGUCUUGAUACUCGUUCACUGGUGUUACAGAUGCCUGAAAAACCACAUUCUUCUCUUGAGGGGCUCAAAAUUUUAGAAAUAGGAAAAUCCAAUGGAGUAGAGGAGAGCCAGUCAGAAGUCUUAAAGUCACCAAGCACAGCAAAUUCAUCUAAAGAGAAGGCUAACAAGGGAAAACCAGCUCGCGAGUAUGAAGCAAUGAAGAAGAAUCAUGGUGUUCAGGGUCUUACUGAAUUGAGAAACGAUCCAAAAACAGAUGGCCAAACACCCUCUCAUUGUGGACAAAUUGCCUCUGGAAACAAAAUUCCUGGUUUUUUAUCAAAUCAAAUUGAAGAGUGUGCAGCACCGGUAACACCAAGAAAUGCCUGGGUUCAAUGUGAUGAUUGUCAGAAGUGGAGGCGCAUAACAGCUUUACUUGCAGAUCAAAUAGAAGAAACAAACUGCAAAUGGAUUUGUAAGGACAACAAUGAUAAAGACUUUGCUGAUUGUUCAAUUCGUCAAGAGAAGUCAAAUUCAGCAAUCAACGCUGAGCUUGAAAUAUCUGAUGUCUCCGAAAAUGAGGAUGCUUCUUGUUCUCUCAGUCGCAGUCAUCCGGGAAAGAAGUCUAAAGUUGAUCAGAGCCCCUGUUGGAAAUUGAUCAAGUCAAACUUGUUUCUGCACCGUACUCGCAAAUCUCAGACCAUUGAUGAGGUCAUGGUUUGCCAAUGCAAGCCACCCUCAGAUGGUAGAAUGGGAUGUGAAGAUGGAUGUUUGAACCGAAUGCUUAAUAUUGAGUGUGUUCAAGGGACAUGCCCAUGUGGGGAACAAUGUUCAAAUCAACAGUUCCAGAAGCGGAAUUACACAAACUUGAAAUGGUUUAAAUGUGGCAAGAAGGGAUAUGGCUUACAAUUGCUUGAAGCUGUAUCAGAAGGACGUUUUCUAAUUGAAUAUGUUGGAGAGGUGCUUGAUAUGGAUGCUUAUGAGAAACGACAAAGUGAGUAUGCAUCCAAGGGUCAUAAACAUUUCUACUUCAUGACACUUUAUGGCGGUGAGGUAAUAGAUGCAUGUGCCAAAGGAAAUUUGGGUCGUUUCAUAAACCAUAGUUGCGAUCCAAAUUGCCGUACUGAGAAGUGGAUUGUAAAUGGAGAAGUUUGCGUUGGGAUUUUUGCAUUAAGGGACAUUAAGAAGGGUGAAGAAGUGACAUUUGAUUAUAAUUAUGUACGGAUCUUCGGUGCUGCUGCCAAAAAAUGUGUCUGUGGUUCUUCUCAGUGCCGAGGUUACAUAGGUAGUGAUACCUUAAAUGCUGAAAUAGUCGUUCAGGAUGAUUCAGAAGAUGAAUAUCCAGAGCCCGUGGUGGUUUUUGAAAACAUAGAUAUUGAUGAUGAAUUAAACUACGUGAAAUCAGCAGCAUGUUCGUUUAACCAUUCAGAAUUGAGAAAUGUUGAUGAAUCUCCAGAAAAAGAUAUUGUAAUUAAUGGACAGGGUUCUGUGCACUCACAGAACACCAUUGGAAUUAAAAAUGGCAAUCCAAUCUGUACAGAAAAUUUUGAGACUAACAUACAUUCUGCUGCUGUUGAGUGCUUGGUGACUACUGAGAUGAGUGAGAACUUGCUGGAUUCAUCUGCAUCUUCUACAAGGAGAGAGGAGACAUCUUCAAGUUUGGAGGGUUCAAGAGGGAUGCAGUCUUUCGAUGCUAAAGAAGAUGGGUUGGAGGGUGUCAACAAUUUACAAACAUCCCUGUGUUAUCCUGUGAAGUCAAAAACUCUUAGCAAGCAAUUUAAGAACAUAAAAUCUUGCUGUGCAAGAGUUAAGGCUGAAGCCUCGAAGCCUCCCCCUCUUGUGAAAACUCCUCAAGUUUCAUCUUUAGUGAAGAAAGCUAAACCCAAGAAUACAAAAACAUCACUGGCAAUAUAUAAUGGGCCUAAAUUGCCAGAAUUGAAAUCCAAGAAACUGUCAGAUGGGUCGUUAAAUAGCCGUUCUGAAGCUGUAGAAGAAAAGCUCAAUGAGUUACUAGAUACGGAAGGAGGAAUAAGUAAACGAAAAGAUGCAUCAAAAAGCUACCUGAAGCUUCUCCUUUUGACUGCUGCUUCAGGGGAUAGUGGCAAUAGUGAAACAAUUCAGAGCAACCGAGAACUUUCUAUGAUCCUAGAUGCACUCCUGAAGACAAAAUCUCGUACAGUUUUAGUCGAUAUUAUCAAUAAAAAUGGUUUGCAGAUGUUACACAACAUAAUGAAAAGAUACAGAAGGGAAUUCAAUAAGAUUCCAAUACUCAGAAAGCUGCUUAAGGUACUGGAAUAUCUAGCAUUAAGAGAGAUUUUAGCAUGUGAACACAUUAUUGGGAGCCCUCAUCGGCCUGGAGUGGAGAGCUUCAGAGACUCGAUAUUAAGCCUGACAGAGCACAUAGACAAACAGGUCCAUCAUAUCGCAAGAAGCUUUAGAGAUAGGUGGAUACCUAGACUACCCAGAAAAAGUUGUUUCAUGGACAGGGAUGAGGGAUGGACGACAGAGUUGCACUUACAUUCAAUGGUUGGAUCUACGGCCACAACAGAUGCUUGUGCACUAGAUUGCUCGUCUCUAGCUAGCUCUGGUCUUGGUGUCUCCAACAACAUGACAAGGGUACGUAAACGUAAAACUCAGUGUGAUCCAGAGUCUAAAACAAAUGAUGAUUGCCAGCAGGAUAUAAAUGACGAUGAUGCCCCUCCCGGCUUUUCAUCCCCCAUAAAUAACCCCAGAGAACAGUUUACUUCAACAUGGCCAGUCAUGGGACAUUGCCAACAUAGAUAUAAUCCAAACAUUCUGCUCUCGUUUGGAAUUCCUGUUAAUGAGGUGCGGCAAUUAGGGACACCUAUAAUUGAACCCUCGGAAGGCUGGGCCGUGGCUCCGGGCACGCCCUUCCAUCCCUUCCCUCCAUUGCCUACAUACCCAUAUCGCAGUAAGGGCAUUGUUCCUCCUGCUCCAAGUUCUGAAGUCCCACAUCAACCUGCUCGAACUCCGUGUGACCAUAAGAAUCUGCCCCAGCCUUUCAAAAAUUGUUUCCCAGAUUAUCCAUAUCAAACCAUGCAAAGUCCCACUGCAGGGGCAGGAAACCUGCCACCUGUGGCUGCAACUAGAGGGCACUCUCGUCCAUCGCCUGCCGGCUCUUUUAAGAUGGGAAAGAGAUACAUCAGGCAGCAAAGGUGGAGUGGCUCAAAAUUUCAACCUCGGCGAAGGGGUAGAAACAGUUGGGGAUAUUCAGGAAACCAUGGGAUGUGCAAUGCACGGUUCGGAGGCACGCCAAAUGAGUUUAGAUUUCGUGGCCAAGUGGAUGUUGGAUUCAAGGAGGGUCCUUGGAAUUUGUUACCCAAAUAUUAACUUCCUUUCCUACACAAAGAGAGCCUCAAUGUAGUUUCUUGUGGUCUUUUUUUUUUUUGCGACACGGGAUGAUAUUUGAUUAAUUUAUUGGUAUCUUAUUAGUUUCCAGGUAUAUGAGUAAUGGGACCAACAAUUAAUCUUGUUAUUCAUUCAUUGGAGUUUGAGAUGGAAGUACGCCAAAAAAUGAGUAUGUGUGCUUCAGCAAUUGAUCUGAAAAGUAUUUUGAGACUUGUUGGUUUAUUGACUUUUGAUUAGGUCUCAUCUAAUGAAAAGAUUCAAUGUAU